AUGAUUAUGACUUGUAUUGAAAAUUUAUCUAAUGAAAUUUUUCAUGAAAUAUUCGAUUAUCUCGAUGGUUGUGAUAUAUAUAAAGCAUUUUCAAAUCUUAAUCAUCGUUUAGAAGAAUUUCUUCAUUGUUCAUCUCUUCGAUUCAAGAUUAAACUCAAUUCUUCAUCUAGUAAAAUAUUUAUGAAUUAUUCUAAACAAGUUAAACUUAUGAAUAAACAUCAAAUUUUAUCACUUGAUCUACGGUCAGGAUUAUAUAUCGAUGAAUUUCUUUCAAUAUUUAUUAUUGAUUCAUCAUUUGAUUAUCUUGAAUCAAUCACUCUUCAUUUUAUGGAAGAAUAUUUCCUUCUAUUACUUCUUCGUCAUUUUAUUUGUUUACCUCGUCUUUUAUCAUUAAAUGUUCAUGCAGAUGAAACUUUGACUGAUUUAAGUGACGUCUAUCAAUUGGGUUUUGCUUUACCUACAUUAAAAUAUUUUAAAAUAAAGUCAGAAGAUUGGAUAGUAUCGUUGCCGUUUGCUACAACGAACCAACAGUUUAGUACUGUAAAAUAUCUUGUUAUUGAUCAUUAUUGUACAUUUGAUCAACUUGCUACUAUACUUUCUUACACACCUGAACUUUGCCAUUUGUAUUUUGAACAUCAACCAGAUCGUGAUUCAAAUGUCGAAAUAAUAUUACCAAUAACAUUAUCAAAUUUAACACGUAUUUCUUUAAAAAUCAUUCGUUCAGAUUAUGAUGAAGUUAUAAAAUUUCUUAAGAAAAUAUCUUCGAAAUUAAAAUUUCUUCGUCUUACUAUUCAAUCCAAUGAUGUUAUUUAUCUUAUAUCUCAUCUUUGGGAAGGAUUAAUUUUACAAUAUUUUCCAAAUCUAGAGAAAUUUUAUCUAAAACAUUUUGAAUCUAUUGAUUAUGAUAAUAGAUCUGGAAAUUAUCUUUGGCAAGGUAAUCAAUUUACAUCAUCAUUUUGGAUUGAACGGCAAUGGAUUUUUCAUGCUGAAAUUUAUAUUGAUGAAAUUAUUUAUUCAAUUUAUCCAUACAAAAUAACUUGGUAUGACUCUGCAGAAAGUGAAAUAAAUUCCAUGCAUUCAAUAGAACAAAAACCUACAUAUACUUCUUCUAUACUGACGAUUAAUAAUAGACAUUUAUCUGGAUAUCUCCAAUUAUUAUAUGAAAAUAUCAUUUGGAUGACAACUGUAACAACGAUAUAUCAUUUACAGUUUUGUCAACAACGAAUUCCUAUUCAUACAUUAAUCAAAAUCAUCAAUUUUUUAUCAAAUCUCGAUUCAUUAAAAGUAUGGUCUUUAUCGUUAUCAAAACCAAAACGCUUAUCUUUGAAAAAAAUACAAUUAAUUAAUAAUGUAACAAAGAAAAACAAAAUUACAAAAGUUUAUCUAGAAAAUAUGAUAAAAAUCGAAGAAAGUUUUGUUUUAAUUGGUUUAUUUCCUCGUAUGAAGUAUCUUCAAAUUGGUUGGAAAAAUAAUAUUGAUAUUACAUCAUUUGUAAGAAUUAUUUUAAUGAAUAUUCUUAAUAAAUCCAAUCAUGAAUUUCGUUCAUUAUGUUUCUGUCCUUCAAUGGCAGAUGAUAAUAUGGUGAAAAAACUUCAAAACAUGAUUGACUUUGAUAAACUAAUUUUUGAUUAUAAAAUAAAACGUAUAUGUGAUUUGAUCUAUUUGAAAUGGAAAUAA